AUGGCACAGCCCCAGUACGGAAAGCGCUUGAUUCCCCAGGUCCUCGACGAGGUCGCAGAGUCAGAACCCAGCAGAGAGUUCAUCUCCGUCCCCCGCUCCUCCAACCCCCAAGAUGGCUGGAAGCCCAUCUCUUACAAGCAGAUCGCCAACGCCGUGAACCGGAUAGCCCAGAGAAUCAUCGACAAGCGCGGCAAGCCCGAGCCCGGAAGCUUCCCAACCCUCACCUACAUCGGCCCCAACGAUGCCCGCUAUAUGAUUAUCAUGAUCGCCUGUAUCAAGGCCGGAUACAAGGCUCUCCUCAUCUCCCCGAGAAACUCCUUUGAAGGCCAGAUGAACCUCUUUGAGAAGACGGACUGCCACAUCAUCUGCUUCGACUCGUCCUUCAAGGAUGUAAUUCAACCCCUGCUGGAAGAGCGCCCCAUGGACGCCAUCAUGGUCAGCUCGGCAGAUGCAUGGCUGUCGGACGACGAAGUGCCUCAUUUCCCCUACACAAAGACUUACGAAGAGGCACAAAAUGAUCCUGUCGUCGUCCUGCACACGAGCGGCAGCACGGGUCUGCCAAAGCCCAUCGUCGCUCGUGUUGGCAUGAUGGCCGUCGCCGAUGCCUUCCACAACGUCCCUGACUUCAUGGGCUCCGAGAACUGCGUAAAAUCCAUCAUGCAUGGCACUCGCCUCUUCCUGCCGAUGCCCCUCUUCCACGCCGCCGGCUGCUACAUGUCGACCUUCGCCACGAUCUACUGGGGACGGCCCGUCGCGCUGGGCUUCACGGAUCGGCCCUUGACGCCGCAAACUGUCAUCGACGCCGCGCAGUACGCCAAGAUCGACAACGUGAUCCUGCCUCCCGCCAUUCUCGAAGAGAUGAGCCACAUGCCCGAGGGCAUCGCGGCGCUCCAAAAGUUCAAGCGCGUCAACUUUGGCGGUGGCAACCUCGCCCGCGGCGCUGGCGACAAGCUCGUCAAGGAGGGCGUUCCCGUGUCGAGCGUCAUCGCCUUCACCGAGGCCGCGCCCCUGCCGUACUACUUCCAGAAGAACCUCGAGCUGUGGCAGUGGUUCAUCGUCGACUCGGACAGGCUCGGCGUCGACUGGCGCCAGGCCAGCGGUGAGGACGAAGAUAUCUACGAGCAGGUCAUUGUUCGCAAGGACAAAGCGGACCCCCUCCAGGGCAUCUUCUACACCUUCCCCGACGUUAACGAGUACAACACAAAGGAUCUGUACCGCAAGCACCCGACCCUACCCAACCAUUGGAUGUACUACGGCCGCUCCGACAACAUCAUUGUCUUCUCCAACGGCGAGAAGCUCAACCCCGUCACCAUUGAGGAGAUCGUCACUGGUCACGCGAGAGUCAAGGGCGCCGUCGUCGCCGGCGCCAUGCGCUUCCAGCCCUUCCUCAUCCUCGAACCCACCGAACCCUUGACUUCCGAGGAUGACAUCCAGCAGUUCAUCGACGACGUCUGGCCCCUGGUCGUCAAGGCGAACAAGGAGACCGUUGCUCACGGCCAGAUCGGUCGCGCCUUCAUCGGCGUCACCAACCCCGAGAAGCCCUUCCCCCGCGCCGGCAAGGGCACCAUCCAGCGACCCAUGGCCCUGAAGCUCUACAAGGACGAGCUCGACGAGUGGUACAACAAGGCCGAGGACGGCGCCGACUCCCUCUCUGUCAACAUUGACGUCUCCUCCCAGCAAGGCAUGAUUGACUCUAUUGAGAAGCUUUUCCAGCAGACCCUCGGUAGCCGCGCUCUUUCCGCCGACUCGGACUUCUUCAGUGCCGGCAUCGACUCUAUGCAGGUCAUCAACGCAUCCCGCCUCCUCCGCAAGGGCCUCGAGGCCGCCGGCGCAAAUAUUACCGCUGACGCCAUCGCCACCCGAGUCAUCUACGCCCAUCCCACCCCGCGCCAGCUGGCCGCCUACCUCAUGGACCGCGUCAGCAAGAACACCUCUGCAGACAGCAAUGGCGACGGCGAAAACCACGACAUCCACGCCAUGGAGGCCCAGCUGCAAAAGUACACCCGCGACCUUCCCAAGAGCACUGGCACCAAGCCCGCGCCCAACGACAAGGGCCAGACCGUCCUCGUCACCGGCACCACCGGCGCCCUGGGCUCCUACCUCCUCGACUUCAUGGAACACAACCCGGCCGUGUCAAAGGUUGUCUGCCUCAACCGCAGCGAAGAUAGCGGCAAGCGCCAGGUCAAGAUGUCCGCCGAGCGCGGCCUCGCCACCACCUGGAAAAAGGCAGAAUUCCUCUGCGUUGACAUGUCCAAGAGCAACCUCAGCCUCGAGCCGGAGGUUUACGACCGUCUCCUGAAGGAGGCAGACCGCAUCAUCCACAACGCCUGGCCCGUCAACUUCAACAUCUCGGUCGAGACCUUUGAGCCGCAUAUUCGUGGCGUUCGCCACUGGGUCGACUUCUCCCUCCGCGCCGCCAAGAACGUGCCCGUCGUCUUCGUGAGCUCCAUCGGCACCGUCGACACCUGGCAGGGCCCCGGCCCUGUCCCGGAGAAGAGGUUGAUGGACCUGUCUCUGCCGAGCACGGGUUACGGCCGCUCCAAGAUGGUCAGCUCCCUCAUCCUCGACGAGGCGACGCAGGUCUCAGGCGUUCCGACCGCUGUCGUCCGUGUUGGACAGGUCGCGGGCCCGCAGUCUAAGGACGGUGUAUGGAACCGCCAGGAGUGGCUUCCCACCAUCAUCGCCAGCUCCAAGUACCUCGGUGCACUGCCGCGUGAUCUCGGCGCCAUGGCGACGGUCAACUGGACACCCAUCGAAGGUAUUGCGAAACUCAUCCUCGAGGUGUCUGGCAUUGCCGCCCCCGUGCCGUUAGAGAAUAUCAACGGCUACUUCCACGGCGUGAACCCGCGGACCGUACCCUGGGAGAACCUGGCCGAGGCCGUGAGGGAUUUCUACGGCGAUGGUGUCAUCAAGAAGCUGGUUUCCUUCAAGGAGUGGGUUGAGCUGUUGGAGAACAGUACGGCGACCACGGAUGAUGUCGACAAGAACCCUGGUAUCAAGCUGCUCGACUUCUACCAGGGUUUGGCUAUGGGUGAGGGACAGGGUGUCGAAUUCUCUAUGGAGCGCACGACAAAGAGCAGCAAGACGAUGAAGGAGAUGCAGGCUGUGACGCCUGAGUUGAUGCAAAACUGGUGCAGGCAGUGGGCGUUCUAA